AGCAGGAGAGCAGGUUAAAAUGGAGAAGGUGCUGGGACUGGCGGUAUUGUCGAGUAUUUUCUGUGUCGGCUCCGUUGUUGGAAAAUAUGUCAGAGGAAUCGUCAACACGAAAGAGGACUGGCUCUUCCUGACCCGCUUCUGCUUCCUGACCAACUUUGGCAGGUUGGACUUCAGAUUCCGCUACCCAAAGUCACGCUGCUGUCAGAACAUAUUGCUGUACUUUGAUGACAGCUCCCAAUGGCCAGCAGUGUACAAAAGGCCAGAUAAGGACUGCUACCAGAGGGAGGCCGUGCUGCGGCCAGAGAAUAAUCAGGUCAUCAACCUCACCACCGACUACAAGUGGUCAGGCUGCGCGGUGGAGGUGGAGGGCGAUGAGGAGACUCUGAGCUGUGUGGGAGGCCGCAGUUUCCGCUCGGUCAGAGAGAGGUGGUGGUACAUCGCUCUCAGCAAGUGCGGGGGAGAAGGACUGCUGUUGGAGUACGAGUUGAAGCUAACCAACGGACAGUCCUUCUGGACUCAGCAUUUCUCAGCGGAUGAGUUUGGGAUCCUGGAGACAGACAUCACCUUCCUGGUGGUCUUCAUCGUUGUCUUCACCCUCUCCUGCUACUUUGCACAUAACCUAAAGGGAAGACAGCUUCUCCAUACAACCUAUAAGAUGUUUAUGACUGCGGCAGGAGUGGAGGUCCUCAGCCUGCUCUUCUUCUGCUCCUACUGGGGCCUGUAUGCCAGGGACGGAGUGGGUAACGGCAGCCUGAGAAUGAUGGGGAAAUUAUUGUUCUCUGUCAGUUUCUUGAUCUUCCUGCUUAUGCUGAUUCUACUGGGAAAAGGCUUCACGGUGACCAGGGCGCGCAUCAGCCACAGUGGCUCUGUGAAGCUGUCCAUCUACAUGACCAUCUACACCAUCACCUACAUCAUCCUCUUCAUCUACGAGGCAGAGUUCUUUGAUCCGGGAGAGGUCCUGUAUGCGUACGACAGUCCAGCCGGCUACGGUCUGAUGGGGCUGCAGCUGCUGGCGUACGUGUGGUUCUGCUACGCCGUGCUGGUCUCGCUCAAGCACUACCCCGAGAAACAGCCCUUCUACAUCCCCUUCUUCUCCGCGUAUACUCUCUGGUUUUUUGCUGUGCCCGUGAUGGCGCUGAUUGCCAACUUUGGGAUCCCUCGCUGGGCCCGGGAGAAGAUCGUCAACGGCAUCCAGCUGGGCAUCCACCUCUAUGCCCACAUCGUCUUCCUGGCCAUCACACGGCCCUCUGCGGCCAAUAAGAAUUUCCCCUACCACGUGCGGACGUCCCAGAUCGGUAUCCUACUGUCCAGCCCGAAGGGCACGGCGGGAGAGAGCUUCCCGCACCACGCCUACGGAAACAGCUCCUUUCUGGGCGACUCUCAGCCCAACUUCACUGAGCUCUUCUCCAUCAACGCCGGCCCGAUGAAGACCGUGGACGAGGCAGCGGUGGUGCGCAAGAGCCAGGAGGUGCCGCGGAACAGCGAGCAGAAGAUCAUCACCACCACGGCCGACCUCAUCUCCAACCUGACCCCUCCGCCUCCGCCCGUGCCCCCCCGCAUCGCGGUGCACUCGCCACCCACCCUCCGCCUCUCCUCCCACUUCACCGAGUACUUUAGCAUGCAGGGAGGGGCAGGCCAAGGGUCCAAAGCUUAGGCUUAGAGAGAGAGAGAGAGAGAGAGAGAGAGAGAGAGAGGAAGGUCAAGGGGCAGACAGAUGUAAAGGGAUGGAUGGAUGGAUGGAUAGAUAGAUAGGUGGAUAGAUAGAUAGGUGGAUGUAUGUGUGUGUGUGUGUGUGUGUGUGUGUGUGUGUGUGUGCGUGUGCGUGUGCGUGUGUGUGAGCGUGAGAAUGAGAUGGCAUGGAGUGCCUGUAAUAGAGCGAGUGCGUGUAGUUUGCUGGGCAGAGUCUUCAAAAAAUCCAUUUUCACUUUUGUGCGUGCACGUAUAUUUCUUUGACUUUUUCCGCGGUCCGAAGCAACAGGAAAGCGAAGCGAUGGAGGUGAGCAUGGGAAAGGAAGUGAGCUGUGGGGUGGGGAGAGGAAAAGUCAGGAAGUCGACUCCACUUCAAAGUGCAAAGCUUGUUAAAGGAUAAAGAAGCAAUAAAUAUUUCAGUGGGACCAGGGAGUGCCUGGGAGGAGCUGAAGGACGGCCAUCAAAGAUUCAUGGGAAGAGCCAGGAGGAGUAGCGCUGAGCUUAAACGCGUACAACGUGACGUGACGAGAACCUCCAUGAGUAUGCGAAAUCACGCAGAGAAAACAGUAAAGACAGGGAUGCAAACGAAACGCUAACUCCCAUCAUCUUUUGUUUUGUGUUGCUUUUUGAAUUUGGUUGAGUUCCUCGUGGUGCUGUGGUCAUUCUAAGAGACUCUCAUUGCCAUUGCAAUAGAACAGUGACUAUGAAGUUAUUUACCUCCUUCGUCUAAAACUAUUUGUAAAGUUUUGUUUUUAUACACUUGUUUGCAAUGGUGUUGUCAGUGAACAUCAUAAGUGUGUCCAGUUAGUUUGUAUUUAUUUUGCACCUGACUUGUUAUGAAUCUGAGCAGUAUGUGGAGUCUGCAGGGUCAGGUUUAUCAGACUCUUACAGUGUGUCUCAGACCAGCAUGCUUUUCUUACGCGUGUCUAAGCUAACUCCUUAUGCUGAUCUGAAGACUUUGCAAAUCCUCCUGCUAUCCAAUUUUGUGUAUACAGUAAAUUGUAUAGGCUGUACAUAUAUUUUCUAUAAUUUAUCAGAAUAUUUGUUUCAAAUGGAAGUCAUAAUUGUUGUCAAGGUUUUUUUUUUUUUAGUUUAAUAAUGAAAAGAGCUGUUAAUUUGUAAUGCUGAUAUAUCCCGGUUUUUAGAUGUCUAACAGAAUCACAGUAACAGUAUAUUUCAAUCUAAAUGUUGAUCUCCUUCUGUAACACAGGAGAGCUAGGAGAAAAAUGUAUUCUGUGGGUCUGAAGUUGAAUGGUCCAUCUCUCCGUAGCCAUCAUGUGAUGUGGAGUCUUUAUCCUUAGCUUCAGUGUAAUGGCAAUUGUUUGGACACAGUCCCAAGAGAUUGGAAUUGCAGUGCUAGUAGUUCUAUAACCUGUUGCAUUACAUUCUUAACUGCAUGGUGCACUUUAAAGUUACCUUGUUUCUCUCACUCAUGUUUAUUCAUGCCAAUGCAACUAUAAUGCAAUGUAAUGCAUUAUUUCAUGUGUUAAGGGUCAAGUAUGUUUUAUUUGUAAAUGUGUUUACUAUUUUCAUAUGUAUCUAUAAAUAUUUCAUAAUUUGUGACUCCUUCGCAGAAGUGUUCAAACUGUAUUUAUGUCAACAGCAUAACUUACCAUGCGUAGUGUUUAUUUGACUUCAAGAUAGAUAGGCUGGUACGUUAUGUGUAUAAUGACAUAUUUAUAAAGAGAGGUAUUAUUUAGUGUUCAUACACAGAAGUCAUACUUGAAUUAGACUAUGUGGUACUCUGUUGGGAAAGCUUUUUUCCCUUUCUUUUUUCAGAUUGUGCGUUCCCUUGUUUUUCAUUAUACCCAUAUAAGUCCAGAUGGUCUUAAUCUAUUGGCUGAUGUUUUGACAACUAAACAAUUUAUGAUUUGAUAUUAAUGAUUGAUACCCAGAGAGGUAAUCUAAGGAAUGAUGCACAGAUAAGGACGCAGUCACUUUACAAAUGUUGCCUACUAUAGAAAACAGCACAGUAACAAGAGGGGUAGAAAGCACGUCAGAAUGAGCCUGUAAAGAGCACACUACUGUUCACAAAGACUUAGACAAAUACUGUUUUAAGUGUCAAAUGGAAUUUACCUGAAGCAGCUGUAUGUACACU